ACUCCUUAAUUGAUUCACUAAUCCAUUUACAUAUAUAUGCACCGAUUUCUUCAGCAGAGAUACAGACAGCAGUCAAAAUGGAUCCUCCCAUUAAUGCAGACAUAGAAAUAGAUCAUCAUCAUCAUCCUUCUGCGGAACUUGAAGAAAUUCGUUUAAUCGAGAGGAUUGCAGAGGAGCUAUUCAAGAGUGCAUUCGAGGACACCUGGAACAAGGUCGUCGAAUUAUACAGAACACAGGAACUGGCUCGCCGGGUUAAGAUCAACAAAUCCGGCGACACCGCAAUACACGUCGCCAUUGCCGCCAAUCGCCCCGACAUAGUCACCAAGCUCGUCUCCUUCGUCUCCCCCGCCGACAUCGAAAUCCAGAACGACAUGGGGAACACGCCUCUGCAUCUCGCCGCCGUCGUCGGCAACGUCGAAAUGUGCGACUGCAUUGCGAGGAAGAACCGCAGCCUCAUCGGCCAGCCCAACAGCGACAACGAGACGCCGUUCUACCUCACGGCAUUGCACGGCAAGAAGGAGGCCUUUCUCCGCCUCUACUCCCUCAUUGAACCCGAUCGCGAUCCUUACGCCUACUGCCCGAGGAAACAGGAUGGAGAAACCAUUCUUCAUGCCGCCAUUGAUGGAGAACACUUUGAUCUGGCGUUCGAGAUCAUGAAUCGCUAUCCUAAAUUCAUUCACUCGGUUAACGAGGAUGGGAAUUCGAUGCUGCAUUUGCUCGCGAAUAAGCCUAAUGCAUUCAGGAGUGGGAGUCGCAUUACCGGCAUCAAUGAACUUAUGUAUCAUUGUACAUUUGUGACUGGGCUGCAGCAAAAAUCUAGUAGGCCAGAGGACGAUCGAUCCUGCUCGAAUCUUUGUCCAUGGAAUUUCAAAAGGGGGUUGACGAGGAGGAGUGAUCUUCGCGCGCAACCGGAUACAGAGUCUGCGAGGGACGAGGCUCUUGGUGAUCCAAAAAAUGGCGACAGCUACUGCAAAUGCAUCAAUGUUCUUAGAUGUUUAUACAGUAUAUGGAAUAUGAUACUAUAUAUUCUUGGUUUUGGAUUGAUUGAAAUACAAAAGAUUCGAGACAGAAAACAGAGGCACGUAUGGUCGUACGAGAUUUUGAAGAAAAUUGUCGCCGAAGCGAAUUGCUAUGAGUACAGAGACAAUGGAAGACAGCCCUUGAAACUAAAAUUUGUCGACGAUCAAGAAACUAGACCAUACGUCGUGUUAGAAGGCGCAGACGUUGGAUUGGAUGAGAGCUCGCUUGAUCGCGCCGUGGGCGAAGGCGAUCAUGAUCGAGCAAUUCUAGUGAGAACUGAUGGCACAAUAGUUCAAAGAGAGGUGAGGAAGAGAGAGUCUGCUUUUCUCAUUGCAGCAAAGAAUGGUAUAAUCGAAAUGGUGACUAAAAUCCUCGAAACCUUCCCAAUGGCGAUCCGCGACACGGACUACAUGAAGAAGAAUGCAGUUCUUGUUGCCGUGGAGAACAGGCAGCCUCAUGUGUACCAAUACUUGGUGAAGCAAAGCAUGAAAGAAGUGACCUUUAGAGCCACCGACAAGAACGGCAACAGCGCGCUGCAUCUCGCGGCUGCGCUGAGUGAGACUCAGCCGUGGCGCAUCCCCGGCGCCGCGCUGCAGAUGCAAUGGGAGAUUAAGUGGUACAAGUUUGUUAAGGGCUCGAUGGGGCACCAAUUCUUUGUGCGCCACAACAAAGAUGGGUUGACGGCGAAGGAGGUGUUCACGAUAAAGCACGAAGAUAUGGUUCAGAAAGGCGGGCAGUGGCUGACCAACACGUCGGCGUCGUGUUCAGUGGUGGCUGCACUGGUUGCAACUGUCGCAUUCGCAACUUCCACGGCAGUCCCCGGAGGAAUCGAUCAGCAAAGUGGCACGCCGACACUGGAAAACCAGCCGGCGUUCAUGGCAUUCGCCAUAUGUUCUCUUGCGGCGCUGUGCUUCUCUGUCACGUCCCUAGUCAUGUUCCUGUCCAUUCUCACUUCCAGGUAUCAGGAGAAAGACUUCGGGAAAGGGUUGCCGAAGCAGCUUCUGGCGGGGCUCUCGUCGCUCUUCGUUUCCAUUGCCGCUGUGCUGGUGUCUUUCUGCGCGGGUCACUUCUUUGUGCUGAAGCAAAAGUUGCAGAAUGUGGCGUACCUCAUGUACGCCAUAACUUGCUUGCCGAUUACCUUUUUUGCGUUGCUCCAGUUUCCUCUGUAUUAUGAUCUUCUCAAAGCUACUCUCACUAAGGUGCCUCAGAGGAGCUACAAGUAGUAGCCAGUAGCUGGGA